UUUAUUGGCUUGAGCCAGUCGAAGGUCAGAGGCACGCACACGUUCACACAAACCCUUACAUACUUGCGUCCACCAGCAUGGCUUGACAAGAGCUGUUCUGCCAACUGUCCCUACAGUUGAUAGACACCAAACCAGGGAGCAGACUUGAGGAGAUGGGGACAUUGGGAGAGACUUGGCUAGCCUAUGACAAGCGAUAAUAUUUGGGUCAGGAUGAGUGGGCUUAUUACGUCGUUGAUACUUAGAUAAGGAAUAAUAGGCUAAUUAUAAGUAUUAAAAACAGGAGGCGGACUUAUAAUUCGAUAUGAGAUGGGGAGAGUCUGCUUGUUAUAAUAACGUUGAUACUGGGGCAGUUAACCGUUGGCUUGCUAUAUAUGACCUUGCCUAGGAUGGGCGGAAAGUACAGCAGAGGGGAAGACAGGAGGCCUUUGGGUUUUCCAGGCUUCUCUGUGCUGUGUUGCUGUCAGAAAAAGAAUAGGGAAGAGACGCCCUUGGGUUUCUGUGAUAUUAAGGCACGGAGAAGUAACCUGUGCUUUGGAAGGGAGGAUUCUGCUUAUUUAGACAUGACAUACUUUCCGGACAAUGAUCUGCACAUGGCGGCUUGUGCAGGAGAUUUACCUUUUGUGCGGCUUUACUUCACUCUGGGUAAAUAUGAAGUCAAUCACAGAGACAGGGAGAAUAGGAAUGCCAUGCACUUUGCCUGCUUUUAUGGACAUUUAGAACUGGUGAUAUAUCUCUGGAGGCGUGGCUGUGAGAUUAAUGUGUGUGACAAUCAUAACAUCACACCCCUGAUGAAGGCUGUCCAAAGCUGGGAAGAUGAAAUUGUGUGUUUUCUGCUAGAGCACCAUGCUAACCUGCACAUUAAAGACAGCAUGGGUAACACUGCUCUGCACUAUGCCGUCUAUGGUGGGAAUUCAGCAAUGGCUGCCAGGCUGCUACAGUACGGAGCAAAUAUUGAGGAAAGGACAAAAGAUAACCUCACACCACUCUUGCUUGCUCUCAGGGAGAAUAGACUGAAGAUGGCACAAUUUUUAGUAAAGAUGGAUGCAAGCGUGCAUGCAGUUGACUCACAGAGAAGAAAUUCUCUCAUGUAUGCUGUAAGAUGUGACUCGCCAGUUAUGGUCAACCUUAUUCUUCAACAAGGUGUCGACAUAAAUUUGAAAGAUGUAUUUGGAUGGACUGCUUUACGUUAUGCUAUUGAAGGUGAUCGUGAUGUGAGGACAAUACUUUUGGAGUAUGAGUAUAACCUGAUACAAAGCUUAAGAGAGAGAACUCGAGCAUUUCAGAGUUCUGAAAACUCCUCAAUCAGGCCUAUCAACAAAGCUGAUGCUGAAGUGACCUCACCUACGGCAAAUGAGAAAGUGAUUGAAAUGCAAGAUCCUUUUACAACCCAUGAAGCAAGCAUGGAGAAGAUACAAACCGGCAGACCAGGACAUCUGGGUUCUCUGCAGCUUCUGGCAACUAUAAAUAAGGCUACUAUGAACAUAGAGCUGGAGACAGAUGAUGGGGAUGCUGACCUGCCAGCCUGGUAAUUAGUGACCUCCAGAACCCAGGACAACAAAGUACACAGACAGAUUCUGCCACUGAAAAUCGAAGACCAUAGUUACCAAGACUCCUGAGAGCAUGAAGCUGGCUACCACGAAGAGCUGAAAGAGAAGAGACAUAAAUAUAUGAUUAGAACACAUCUACAUUAAACAGGCAUCGAGGAACAUGAUCAGGGUCUCAGGGAUGCUCUGUGGUGAAGGAAACAUUUUAAAUACAUGACUAGAACACAUCUCCAUUAAACAAGCAUCGAGGAACAUGAUCAGGGUCUCAGGGACGCUCUGUGGUGAAGGAAACAUUUCAAGGAACUCUUUCAAUGUAGCUCCUGCUCUCAGUCGGAGAAGAAAUCUGGACCUGGCUGUGGGCAUGCUGUGUGAUCCUUGUACUCCCUUAGUUCUUCAGUCUUAGCUUUAUAAAGUGAAAAACCCUCAUAUAUAGCAGAAUACUUGUAAACAUGAAAAUAAAAACUCAAAUUGC